GGGUCUUCAGCCUGAACGUCCCUGCAGAGGCUCUCUUCUUCGUUGGUAACCAGCUGAUCGCCACCAGCCACACGGGGAAGGUCGGGGUUUGGAACGCUGUCACCAAACACUGGCAGAACCAGGAUGUGGUUCCCAUCAGCAGCUACGACACGGCCGGCUCCUUCCUCAUUCUGGGCUGCAACAACGGAUCAAUCUACUACAUAGAUGUUCAGAAGUUUCCACUGAGAAUGAAGGACAAUGACCUGCUGGUGACAGAGCUCUACAGAGACCCGACUGAAGACGCCAUCACUGCUCUCAGUGUCUACCUGACUCCUAAAACCAGUGACAGCGGGAACUGGAUCGAGAUUGCAUACGGGACCAGUUCUGGGACUGUUCGGGUCAUUGUUCAACAUCCAGAGACCGUUGGUUCAGGACCACAACUCUUCCAAACCUUUUCUGUCCACCGCAGCCCCGUCACCAAGAUCAUGCUGUCUGAAAAACACCUUAUCUCAGUUUGUGCCGACAACAACCACGUGAGAACGUGGACGGUGACCCGCUUCAGAGGGAUGAUCUCCACCCAGCCAGGAUCCACUCCGCUCACCUCCUUUAAGAUCCUCAGUCUGGAUGACGUCGACGGUCACGGAAACUGCAGCGCUGGGACGGAGAUCGGUCCAUAUGGGGAGAGAGACGACCAGCAGGUUUUCAUCCAGAGGGUUGUCCCAGACACAGACAAACUCUACGUCCGGCUGUCGUCCAACGGGAAGAGGGUAUGUGAGGUGCGCUCAGUGGACGGGACCUCCAUCACGGCCUUCAUGGUCCACGAGUGUGAGGGUUCCAGUCGGAUCGGGUCGCGGCCCCGGCGGUACCUGUUCAGUGGUCACAGUAACGGCAGCAUCCAGAUGUGGGACCUGACAACCGCCAUGGAGAUUGCUGGAAAGGUGGACAUCAAAGCGCUGGGCGGGCCAACAGAGGAGGAGCUUCUGGAGCUGCUGGACCAGUGCGACCUGGCGYUGACCCGAACACCUGACAGCACCCCGAGAGCGUCCACCUGCAGCCUUCACUCUCAACUCAGCGACGGGCUCCGGUCCGAGCGGCUCCACUCGGCAGGAGGGCGAGGAGCAGCCGGAGUUUUGGGUUCAUCUGCUUCACUUUCCGGUAGCCUCCCCCGACAGACUCCACCCCCAGUGACGCUUACCAAACCCGCCAGAGACCCUCCCCUCUCUGUCGGGCUGCAGAGUUUCCCUGGCCCCGCCCACAGCCAAAAUGCCAGCCCCCGUCCUCCAAGACAUCUCCUGGACCGUGACAGAGAGGCGGGGUCUGUCCGCAGGGGGAGCUUCGUAGAGCGCUGUCAGGAGCUCGCCAAGGGUUCUGAGGUCGCAGGGGCGUUUGGGUUUGGUACCCCGCCCUGGUCAGACAGCAUGAGGCGGAGCGUGGCGGUCUGUAGUGAGUUAGAUGCUCGGUUCAGCCUCAGGACCCCCACCAGCUUCACAGUGUCUCCUGGAGCUCGCCACUCACCUGGAACACCCCCGUCUCUGUCUUCAUCACCGUUACCUUCCUCUUCAUCACACCGCAGGGUGCCGCCCACUUCCCCAACAAGCCCCACCUCCACUGUAACAAGCCCCUCCCACUCCCAGACACCUGUGUCCCCCCGCCGCAGCAUCACAACGUCGCCUUCCGAUGCUUCGGCAUCACCUGAGAGCCCGGCCGGUGCAGACAGUGGUGGUGGUGCAACGCCAUCCAGCCCCAAACCACACAUGAACGAGACCAGCUUCUGAUUGGCUGAGAGAGAACUGGCCUCUGAUUGGCUGAGAGGGAACCAGACAGGCUUCAGAGUUCUGGUGAAGUGGAUAACCAUGGUUACUGCCUGUUUCCAAGUUGCCUGUGUCAAUAAAUCCAAAAUCAAUACA